UGUAGAUCCCCAACACGGUCAGAUAUAUGCCAAGACGAGCUAGUAGGACCCUGCUGGUGGGGCUUCCGUACCUACUGUAACUUGUGGCCAGAUUAAGUGUCGCAUUCUACUGGAUUGGCUUUGUACGAAGUAGUACAGGGCUCUAACGAUAUCUGUGCUUCGAGUGAUGGUUACCUGCACGGCGUUUCGGUCUUUACGGCGUCCGUACAAGAUCUUGUCGCAAGACCAUUUCGAAUAUUUAAUCCUGCGUACGUCUUUUCAGGUUUUGGUAUACAUAGGUAUUCGUCAAUAGCUUUCCAGAACGACACUCGAAUCUCAUGUCGUCAUACGCAGUUCUUGGAGGGACAGGCCAAAUCGGUGGCACCAUUCUUAAACUCCUUGGGAAGGACCCGAAGAACAAGAUCAAUGUCCUUGUACGCUCACGCGCGAAACUUGAAAAAUCAUACCCAUCUUUGUCUUCCAACCCAAACAUCCGCGUCUUCGAAGGCAAUAUUUCCGACAUCGAGAAUCUUAAGCAAUGUAUCACAGGCACACAAGCGGUAUUGCAGGCAGUGGCUGCUGUUGACAACUUGCCUGGUUGCAACAUCGCACUCGAGACUGCCCAAGCCCUAGUCGCAGCGCUACAAUCUCUGAGAUCUUCCAACUCCUCAUUCAAGCCACCUCGUUUGGUGAUAAUCAGCUCCUCCAGCAUGGACCACAAGCUCUGGUCAGGACCUGCCUUUGUGCGCAACUUGAUUUGGUAUGCCAAUGACCAUAUCUACGAGGACCUGGGCCGAGCGGAGACAUACUUGCGGCAACAUGAAGACUGGUUGGACAUGACGUUCAUGAUGCCUGGCGCGCUGGAGCACGAUGUACAGCUGGGCCAUGAGCUGAGUACGGAGAGGCAUCACGUUUACUACAUCAGCUAUUGGGAUUGUGCAGCGGGAAUGAUCGAGGUUGCUGAUUCAGAAGGGCAGUACGAAGGCAAGCAUGUCAGUAUUGUUUUGAAGCCUGGGUUGAAGACACCUUUCCUUUGGUCGAGGGUUCCCUUUUUGUUGUUAAGGAUAUUGUGUUAUGUGUGUCCAUGGCUUUAUCCGUGGGUAUUUUAGAUAGAAUCUGCCAAAGGGGGGCUGUAAUGAACUUCAAAUGGCUUGCCUCAUUGUCCUUUGUCUCGAGCUCCUGAAAAAUUGCGAGCCGUGGGCAUGCUGCGCAGACAACUGCGUGCACAGCAGCGCGAGAACUGCAUGCACAGUUAACGCUGAAGUAAGCCUUCAAGACGCUAAGCUGCAUUCACUAAGACGACGUGAGACCAGAAACACUAAGUAACGACUGGUCCAUGCCUGCUUGUGUUAUGCUGUUUCUCAAAUUGUAGAAUAGGC